UCCCAUUUUGGGGACCGUUGAUGCAAGAGAAAAGGCAUAAAUUCGUUUAUAUCUGACUUAGCCUUGUCUAGUCUCUUAGGCACUCAGUCCAAACCUAUCUGUAAAUCCCCUGUGACCGCCAUUACUAACCAUCACAUGGGUUCUUUCACCUUUCAAAGUAACUGUAAAUCACUAUCCUUAUAUGGGUUUCUUUCCAUUUCAAUUAAGUCUUGAUUUAUAACCAUUUUGAAUCUCUGCAUUCUAUUUGGCAUAUACCUUCGCCUCACAGCAUGCACGCUUCAUCAAUUCCCUGCAAAGCCUCAAAUUUGAAUGUUAAUCUCUCCCCAUUUAACCAAAGAUCAUCAUCUAAGAGGAGCUCAAUUAGGUUUUUCCAGUUUGGCUUUCCUUGGCCUUCUCCCAUGGCUUCUUCUUCUCCCUCUGGUUCUGGUUUUAAGGUUCAAUCCCUGAUGGGUUCUUCUUCAAGCGAGGGUUUCCAAACUCUAAUGGAUUAUAUUGGCAAGGAGGGAGCUGAUAUUGGGGAUGACCUUGUGAUUUUGUUGAACCAUUUGCAAUAUGCUUGUAAAAAGAUUGCAGCUUUGGUUGCUUCUCCUGUGAGUUCUAAGCUUAGGCAACAAAUAGAGUUUUCUGAAUUUGGUCAACGGAUGGCCCGAGACAAACCUAAGCCUCUGGAUAUUGUUUCGAAUGAGAUCAUUCUGGCCUCCCUUCGAAGCUCCGGAAAGGUUGCAGCCAUGGCAUCAGAGGAAGAUGACUCCCCUGUUUGGAUAGCCGAUAAUGGCCCCUACAUAGUGGUCACUGAUCCUCUUGAUGGUUCUCGAAACAUUGAUGCCUCCAUUCCCACUGGGACAAUAUUUGGAAUAUAUAACCGACUCAUAGAGCUUGAUCACUUACCUGUUACUGAGAAGGCACUGCUUAAUUCACUUCAAUGUGGACAGAGACUUAUUGCGGCUUGCUAUGUCCUAUAUUCUUCAGCUACUAUCCUCUGCAUCAGUUUUGGUUCAGGAACUCAUGCAUUUACACUUGAUCGGUCAUUGGGUGAUUUCGUUCUCACUCAUCCAUAUAUAAAAAUUCCCGCUCGAGGGCAAAUCUACUCUGUUAAUGAUGCCCGGUAUUUCGACUGGCCCGAAGGCUUGAAGCAAUACAUAGACACAAUUCGACAGGGAAAGGGGGAGUACCCCAAAAAAUAUUCUGCUCGAUAUAUCUGUUCGUUAGUUGCCGACCUCCACCGAACUUUGAUCUAUGGUGGGGUAGCAAUGAACCCAAGGGACCACCUUCGGCUAGUUUAUGAGGCAAACCCACUAAGCUUUCUAGUGGAGCAAGCAGGAGGGAGAGGCUCUGAUGGAAAGUCAAGGAUUCUCUCUAUUCAACCUGUGGAGCUUCAUCAGAGGCUCUCUCUCUUUCUUGGAAGCUCAGAGGACAUCGAAGAACUUGAGAGCUAUGGUGAAGUUCAACAGAAGGUUAAUCCUGGUUAUGAGGUUUGAUACAAGGUGAGCCAGACUGGUAUGGUUUCAUUUCAGGUUGGUGCUUAGAUUGAGUGUCAAGUGCGUAUAGUAAAUUAUAAUUUCGGAUGAAUUUGUGGAUGGUUGUUUACAUGUUAUCGAAUGGAAGAGUAUGUUGAUAUGUGAUAUAAUAUUUGCAUCCAUUGCCCAGUAUAAAUUCAUAUUUUUUUUUGGUUGAUU